CCGGUGCCUCGCGAGUCCGAACAUUAAAUUAGUAACCACGUUGUCCAUUAUGGCUAAGCGCAUGAGGUCUUCCACAAGUUCAUCUUGUUGCCUUUUCCACUUCCGGAGCAUUUGGUUUUGGACGUCAACACACUUAGCUUCGUUCGUCGUGCUCGCUUUACGACCCUCCCCUCCAGAGGCGCCAAACACUACAACUUCUGCUUUGGACGAUUCUUCACAUGCUAGACUGUCAGUUUUACCGUCGUCCACUUCAUAUAGUACCAGCACUUCUCCGCAGGAGCGCGAAAAUCUUCGUCCUCAACCUCUCCAAGACCAGUCGUCUACUAGAACCGGGCGACGGAAUAAUCCCCGCCGUCGUUCGACGAUUGCGUUGCCAAGGCCCCACAGUCGUGACCCAGCUGUACUGACGUCGUCUGUUAGUGACAAUGGUGGGGCAAUAAGCGAAGACGAAGCUGCGUUGCGACACCACGGAGUAGAACCACACCUACAACCGUCUACUAGCACCACGGAGACGAUCCGUAUCUCUCCCCCGUCUGUUUCGAAUCUACCUUUGGCUUUUUUCCCACCAAGAGACGACGCUGCAACCGGGCGAGAAGUUGUUGUGCCACCUCUGGAAGAGAGUACGGUUUCAGUUUUUUCGUCAUCUUCACAAAGAACGAGGGAACCCCCUAAGAACAGCCGCACUGCGGACUCGGGUCCCUUAUCAUCGCAGUCGGGUCCCUUAUCACCGACAUGCAGCAAAACACAAUCACAGAAGUACGCACGCCCACGCAACACAACUCCGCAUCAUGACCCCCGCGAAUGCACGAUUUGCCUGCAGGCCGCCGAGCCCGGGAACCCUUUGCAUCCGCCGCGGUACGCCGGCCACCCGAUUCCACAAGGCAAAGAGGAGACGGUGGAGGAUUUCCUCGAGCAUUUUCACCCGCUGUUUGUCGCUACCCGGGUGGGUUGGGGCAUAUCGUCUCGGCUUCGCCGGGUGGCUGGGAGAUUGGGGAUUCGAGUUGGCAGUGAUGCUUCUCGUCGUCCUACCGGAGCUUCAUCGGCGACAAG